CCUUCCCCAAACCUAACAGACUUGUAGUUGAAGAAUGUAAACAGUAACGUUAGCUGACAGCCGCUCCACCAUGUCGCACAUACCGCCGGUAACUACUUGCAGCUUUCUUGGUUGUUCCAAAGCCAGGACUGAUACUUUACACAGUCUUCCUAAAGACCCUGAAAUCAGAAGACAGUGGGUGCAGUUUCUUUUUACUUCGAAUCCAGAUGUGCAUAUCGGUACUACAACACGAAUUUGCAGCGCGCAUUUCAACAGGGAUUCGUUUCUAAAUUGGGGGCCGAAGUCAAUGGGGUAUGCCAAACUAUUUGUUCUGAAACCGGACGCCAUCCCAACUAUUUUUCCGAUUCAUGAAGUAUCGGUGGAACACAUGACGUCGGGUGUGACAAAAGAUGAGGGAUGCCAAUAUGAACCACCACCAGUAUGCAACAUUAUGGUACCAUCACCUCCAAGACCUGUUCUGGUACCGUUAAAACACAACGUGUCAACACAGGCUUAUUAUUACAGAGAAAAAAAUAAAAACAAAGCCAUCCAAGUGCAGCCAAUCCAGAAGAAUGUAGGAGUCAAUACAAGGUUUACGGAGGACAUACCACACAGGGAAGUGAACCGGUAUAAACUUACAUUUUACUUUAAGUAGCCCGUGGGGAACUAUUCUUAAUUAAUUGGCUAAUGAUUUAGGCCACCUGUCCUCCUAAUCUAUGAGUGACUGUUCAAUUGAAAAUUGUCAUGCAACUAUGCUUAAUUACUUUUGAACGGUCUCACUGUCUGGCCUGCUUGCGAAGCCCAAUCUGUAGUAACCUAUGAUUAAAAAAAAUGUAUCUUCUUCCAGGUUAAACUCUGUCACGGUGUACAUGGCGAGGAAGUAUGUGGUCUACGAAGACUGCCUCCUUCCGUUGUUCAAGACUUGUCCAGUCUGUCGCGGCUCCUGCAACAUCGACAAGUUCAUCCAAGACACCCUGCUCACCAUCAACCGGUUCUGCAACCACUGUGACCACCGGAGCCAAUGGAAGAGCCAGCCCUUUAACCUCCCAGCUGAAUACCUGUCCUCCUCAGCAGCCAAAGUAUCAACGGGCACAACUGAUGCUCCUACUGGCACGUCAACUGACUGCGGAGGAAAGUGGUCUUCUGUUGGAGAGUAACGAUGGUGAUAUCUGCAACAAAGGUCUGGAGGACAUUCAAACCCUGGUGUUUGAGACGACUCUUUGUUUGGAUGACGAAGUUCACAACGACAAAGCCAUUAAGAAGAAACGUCAGUCAUUAGAGGAACAAAAAGAGGUGGGGGAGGAAGAAAUGGAGGGGGAGGAAGAAAUGGAGGGGGAGGAGGAGACAAGGGAGGAGGAGAGCUCUGAUAGGGAGUGGGAACCGGAGGUGGAGUUAGGUGAACUUCUAGCCUCAGAUUCUGAAGGGGAUUCCCCGGCGCUAUGCCCGGAUUGCGGCACGUUCACCAAAGGCUCCAAGGCUCACGUCUGCGAGCAUGUGAAGCCGUUCGUCUGCCAGGACUGUGGUAAGCGGUUCGUUAACGAGGUCUCUCUUAACAUUCACAGAAGAAUCCACAAGCCAGGCUAUGUGCAUGAGUGCAAGUACUGCCUCAAGCCGCUUCAGAGCAGGCCGGAGAAACUAAGGCACGAGGAGAGCCACCCGCGUGUGGAAAAGCCCUACGAAUGCCCUGACUGCCCCAAACGAUUUAGCGACAUUAAAGCCCGAGACAGCCACAUUCAAGGUCACAGAGGGCCCACACAGCACAUUUGCAACAUCUGUAAAAUGGAGUUCAACAAAAAACACAUCCUGGAAAGACACAUGCUAGUCCAUAGCGGGGACAAGUCCUACACAUGCCUCGAGUGUCAGCGCUCCUUCAACCAAGCGAGCCAUCUCAAGUCCCACUUGCGCCUCCACACCGGCGAGCGCCCGUACAAGUGCCAGCAAUGUGACAAGUCCUUCAACCACAACGUGAGUCUGAAAAGCCACGUCCAGCGCUACCACCCAGGCCUUGGCUACGGGACCAAGGAGAAGGAAGAGGGACAGGAGCUCAUCUCAAACUCAGCGACUCAGACUGAACAACAGGUAAUGAUAGAGGAGAGUCGAGAGCCAAACGCAGAGACUGGGCAGAAGAGAGUGAAGAGGGCACUCAGGGCAGGGAGGAAGAGGAAACGACAGACCUUUGACCCUGAGGAGUUUGGAGAGAGUAACAACAGUGACUCAGAAUUCAACCCAGAAGAGGAGGAGAGCGGGAGCAACAGUGACUCUGACUUCAACCCAGAGGAAGAAGAGAGUGGGAGCAAAAGGAGGAGUACAGGUAGACCAAUAGGCAGACCAAAAGGAAGACCAGGGACCACCAGAAAGAUCUAUGCAGGAACUGUUGGUAAAGAGCUUGAUGGAUCGAACCUGAAUGAACACAAAUCUGCAAAACAGUGGGAUCAGGAGGAAGCGAGGCGGAGCGACCCAGAGGUGGUGGGGGAGAGAGGGAGCAAAAGGAAAGCCACAAGCAGAGGAAGGGGGAGAGGCAGGGGAAGACCAAAAACCAUUAGAGAGAUGCAUGAGGGAACUACUUGCGAAGAGCUUGUUGGAUCUAACCUGAAUGAACAAGUACCAUCAAUAGAGACUGCUCUUUCUGAACUUUUAGAGAGUUGUUGGUCAAUUCAAAAUGUAGAUGAGGCUUUUGACCCGAUGCCAAAUUAACUGUUAGUUACUGAAAAGUUGUCCAGUGUUUUCUGUUUUUCUAUAUUUUGUAUACAUUGAAGAAAAAUGCUGUUAUGAAGGGACACAAAUGUUCAAGAUUCCAUUCUAAAGGCGGUUCAACAAGGAAACUAAUGUGCCUCCCAAAUGGUACCCUAUUCCCUGUGUAGUGCACUAAUUUGCAUUGCAGAGUCUACAUUGCACUGCAGACUUACAUUAAGCCCUGGCCAUCAGCCUGCCGCCUGAUUCCUAAUGUUCAACAUUUGUGUUCUAACAAUCUUGACAUAAGUUAAUGUCUAGAUGAUCAGUUAUGAUCAUUUAAGAAAAGAGUUCAAUAACUACUACUGCAGACAAUGGAAAGUGCCUCCUAUACUUAACCUUUUAUCAAAGACUAACUUGGAUUGCAAUUUAUAUAUUUUGCCGACACAAUUGUAAAACUGUUCUAUAUAGCAUGUUUAUUUUACUUAUAUUUUAUUAAAUGUAAAUGAUAUUACUGCUA